AAGUUGAAGUCAGGUGAUCGGGUUUUAUGUGAAUUCCGCAAGCAGUGAGAAUUUCUUGGACAACGACUUGGAGGCGUGGCACGCUAGUGAGCUGAGUAUAGCAGCGAAGCACGGACUCCAGAACUCCAACUCUCACAGCAGUAAAAUAAUUGGCUAGAAACGUCACCCGACAGAACACGAGCAUGGCAAGCGAGCAAUACGUAUCCAAAAGGACAGUUGCUGCAUCCUAUCGACCACGCAGUUCUCUCAUGUCCCCCGGCCUCCAGCGCGCACGCGCACCUUUCCGCUUCCGAAACGCUAUCACCGGCCUCAUACUCGCAGGCUUCGGCGUCGGCGUCUGGGCAUACUCCAUCAGCGCGGUGAAACAAGAUGACUUCUCUGACGUUGAUGAAGAGGCGCGGGCGCUGAUGCGUGCCGGGCCAACAAUCGUGGAGGAGGUCAGAGUUCCCGUGAUGAACGAGGCAAAAGUCAUGGCGAUACAGACUCCGAGCAGCAUACCUGUGGAGGUCAAGGUGGCUCCAGUGCCAUCGAUACACCGAGGUCUGCUUGUGCCCAUUCUUGAGAGGCAUUUCCCCCGCUUGUUGGACCCAUCACGGAAGACGCUCGUUUGGGGUGCGCCUCCGGUAGACAAUGUUGGGAGGCUCCACGAUUCGGUAUAGAGGUUUUUCAGGCCCCUGUAUUUCUGUUUCAUUUAUGGAUAAUGCCUCAGCAUAGUACAAGACGAUAAUCUAAUAGUAGACCAUUUAGCACAUACACGUAUGAACAGUCGUUCGAUCCAGCCUCUUUCAUAAAACUGGAUAGUACGAAAAGCCAAAAUCAAGACGAUGGAAUAGCAAAACACGUUCAUGCUGACGUAUUGACGCAACAUCUCAUACACAACCUCUACACACUAGCGCAGGCCGACGAUGCCACCA